UCCCCUCCGGUUUCCCAGUCCGCACCUCCCUUCUCCACUCCCCUCACCCCUAUUCCCUCCUCCGCCCUAUUAAAACACCCACCAGCUCUCCAGUUAAGACCCCCUUAAGUUGGAGGAGGCAGAAAGGCAACAACCGCGAGGAAGGAGAAGUCAAGACGUCUGGAAAGAAUUACCCAGUCCUGGCUUCCAGCAGCCCAUUGAACCAGGGACUUGAACCAGCCCCAGCCAAAGACAUUCUCCUGAUUCUACGCUUCCUGGGUUCUGCUGAGUUUUCACCAGGCUUUUUUUUUUUUUUUUUUCUUUAAUACAAAAAGAGCAGAGAAUUUCCGAUAUUAGGGGAAAGGAACUAGAGCAUAAAAUAAAAUAAAGUUAAUUUAUUUUCAAAGCACAGAUAACAUUUUUAGAGUUAGAAGAUUGAAGUGCAACGGAAAUAUUAAAAAAUACUAGUGAUUUUAUUUUAAGCGGGGGAGACCUAAACAUUUGAGACUCCCCCAUCCUUUUUAAAUGUUGUUUUUAAAUUUUUUAUUUUUCUUGGCCGGUCGUCUCAAAUUCAUCUGAUCUCCUAUUACCUCAAUUUUGGAAACUGCCCGCCACCGACCCUUCAGGACCACACAGACAGUCUGAGGACAACUUUAUGACCAAGAGCUGAACAAGAUGCAUUGUGAGAGAUUUCUAUGUAUCCUGAGAAUAAUUGGAACCACACUUUUUGGAGUCUCUCUCCUCCUUGGAAUCACAGCUGCUUAUAUCGUUGGCUACCAAUUUAUCCAAACAGAUAAUUACUAUUUCUCUUUUGGACUGUAUGGUGCCUUUUUAGCAUCACACCUCAUCAUCCAAAGCCUGUUUGCCUUUUUGGAGCACCGAAAAAUGAAAAAAUCUCUAGAAACCCCCAUUAAGUUGAACAAAACUGUUGCUCUUUGCAUUGCUGCAUAUCAAGAAGAUCCAGACUAUUUGCGGAAAUGUUUGCAAUCUGUGAAAAGGCUAACCUACCCUGGAAUUAAAGUUGUCAUGGUCAUAGAUGGAAACUCGGAAGAUGACCUUUACAUGAUGGAUAUCUUUAGUGAAGUCAUGGGCAGGGACAAGUCAGCCACUUAUAUCUGGAAGAACAACUACCACGUGAAGGGUCCUGGUGAGACGGAUGAGUCACACAAAGAAAGCUCGCAACACGUCACCCAGUUGGUCUUGUCCAACAAGAGUAUUUGCAUCAUGCAAAAGUGGGGUGGAAAAAGAGAAGUCAUGUACACGGCCUUCAGAGCACUGGGGCGAAGUGUGGAUUAUGUACAGGUUUGUGAUUCAGACACCAUGCUUGACCCAGCAUCAUCUGUGGAGAUGGUAAAAGUUUUAGAAGAAGAUCCCAUGGUUGGAGGUGUCGGGGGAGAUGUUCAGAUUUUAAACAAGUAUGAUUCCUGGAUCUCCUUCCUCAGCAGUGUGAGAUAUUGGAUGGCUUUUAACAUAGAAAGGGCCUGCCAGUCUUAUUUUGGAUGUGUCCAGUGCAUUAGUGGACCUCUGGGAAUGUACAGAAACUCCUUACUGCAUGAAUUUGUAGAAGACUGGUACAAUCAAGAAUUUAUGGGCAGCCAAUGUAGUUUUGGAGAUGACAGGCAUCUAACGAACCGAGUGCUGAGUCUGGGCUAUGCAACGAAAUACACAGCUCGAUCCAAGUGCCUUACUGAAACACCUAUAGAAUAUCUCAGAUGGUUAAACCAGCAGACCCGCUGGAGCAAGUCCUACUUCCGAGAGUGGCUGUACAAUGCGAUGUGGUUUCAUAAACACCACUUGUGGAUGACCUAUGAAGCCGUCAUCACUGGGUUCUUCCCUUUCUUUCUCAUUGCCACGGUAAUCCAGCUCUUCUACAGGGGUAAAAUUUGGAACAUCCUCCUCUUCUUGUUAACUGUCCAGUUAGUGGGUCUCAUAAAGUCAUCUUUCGCCAGCUGCCUUAGAGGAAACAUUGUCAUGGUCUUCAUGUCCCUCUACUCAGUGCUAUACAUGUCAAGUUUACUUCCCGCCAAGAUGUUUGCAAUUGCAACAAUAAACAAAGCUGGGUGGGGCACAUCUGGAAGGAAAACCAUUGUUGUUAAUUUCAUCGGACUCAUUCCCGUAUCCGUUUGGUUUACAAUCCUCCUGGGUGGUGUGAUUUUCACCAUUUAUAAGGAAUCUAAAAAGCCAUUCUCAGAAUCCAAACAGACAGUUUUAAUUGUUGGAACGUUGCUCUAUGCAUGCUAUUGGGUCAUGCUUUUGACACUGUAUGUGGUUCUCAUCAAUAAAUGUGGCAGGCGGAAGAAGGGACAACAGUAUGACAUGGUGCUUGAUGUAUGAUCUUACGUUUGAUGUUUGCAGUUGCAGACACAACAAAACCUUAGCUCCUCUAGGGACUGUAUGGUAUUGUGGCGUCAUAUAACGCCACCAAAGGAGACAUAUCGCUGCUGCUGGGACUUGAACAAAGACAUUUGUAUGGGUUUAUUUUAAUUCUGCCAAAGGAAAAUGAUACAUCAAGAAGAACAACUCAGAUUUAACCUGAUAUUUCUAUGAAAAUGGGAAGAUUCUUUGUGUAUGCACUUUUUCCUUACUGUACAUCCGCCUAACAGUGUUUUGCCCUAUAUACCUCACUAGCCAUGCUUUAUGUGGGUUAUCAUGGAAGAAAAGGAUUUUGGAAACUCAAGGAAAAGUUCUUUCAACAUAUACAACCUAACUUAUGGACUGUGUUGAUAGCUAAUUUUUUUUUUUUUUUAGAAUGAUUUUUCUGUUUAAUUCUACCAAAUGAAAUGCCAAAGGAAAUUUUACAGGCCGUUGGCUGUGCUGUAUUUUUAUAUAAUUGUACUGUGUUUUAAAAUUUUUGUAUGCCAAUUUUAAAACAAAUUUUGCAUAUUUUAUAUUUUACUUCUCUGCCAAAAUACACCUGUUUUUCCUUUUUUUUUUUUAAUAAAAUAAGUUCUUAAAAAAUUCCUACUUAAAAAGAUUUCUACCCAAAAUGUGAAACUUGGUUGACAUUGUUCAUGAUAGAAAGAAUAAAAUAUUUCUCUCUCUCUACCUUUA